GUUUAUUUUCUGUGUUUCUUUUCGGCUUUCCCUCGGCAUUUCCUCCUCAAAUUCGGAUGCCCUGGGGAAUCCCAUCAUUCUUCCGGCCGUGCCGAGUGUCCGUAUAACCGCACCGCACCGAGCUGUGCAAAAUGCGUUAAAAAAAUACGCUUAGCAUUGGGAUCAUAGUGCGCGGUGAGCGGAGGAACGGAGCUGUCGAUCCGAAGGCCGAGAGAUGUUGUCCCGAAAAAGCAAGGAUAAGUCCAUCAAAGAAGGGGUGGUGGGCAAAUACGUGAAAAAGGACACGCCACCGGAAAUUCCAAUCAUCAACGUCUGGACGGCGGAGCAGAGUAAAAGCAAGUUGGCCAAAGCGCGCCGCAGUUCGCAGCAGCAAGUGGUCUCGAAUGUCGGUCAACCGCCGGGCAUGCCAUUGACCGCCAACAAUAACAUACAAAAUGUUCAAAAGUUUGGUAAUUCGAAGGUGCUGGCGAAGGUCGGUGGUCUUGGCCACGAAGGCAAGUACACACCGAGCAAUAACGUGCCAAACUUGGCGCACAAGUUUGUGAAUCUAAAUCUGAACAACGACCAUCUGGGCAUGGUUGGAUCGGUCAACGCUGGAAUGAAAGAUAGGCAGCAGCAACAGCUACCACAGCUGAUGACGAAAAAUCCCGCACUUGCCAUGGGGAGCAGCGCGGCGGCGGUGAUGGUUCACGAUUCGCGCAACAACAACAGCCACGGGAACUACGUGGACAUUGACACGAUCGAUCAAAUACUGAUGCAACAAACCGAUGCCAAUCAGUAUCGACUCCAUCAGCAUCAGCAACAGCAGCAGCAGCAACAACAGCAACAGCAAGACCAACAAUUGCAGCAGCAACAGCAGCAGCUACAGCAGAUACAACAACAACAGCAACUCAUUCAUCAACAAUACGUGAACAACUUUGAGCGCAAGUAUUCGUACAAUCAGCUGCACAACAGUAACAACCAUCGGAAUGGUUUCGAAAGUUAUGGAAAUUUGCUUCGCAACGGAAGCCCGGGUGCAACGCAAGGCGUAUCGGGGAACGAUCAGACUCAUUUCAUUCGUCAAUAUUCAACCCGCCAAACGCCGCAGCCGCAACCACCACCAAACUCGCAAUCCUCAGCCCAACAACAGCAGCAGCAGCAGCAGCAACAGCAGCAGCAGCAACAGCAGCAGCAGCAGCAGCAGCAGCAGCAACAGGCAAUAGCCAACGAUCAUCAUUAUCCGAUUUAUGAAAAUCAAUCGCAGUUGAUUGUCCGCUCAGAGUCACCGAUCUAUAGCAACACCAAUUCUGGUACGAUCUAUCAGAACUACAGCAACAAUUCAUCACAUCAGUCGCUGUACUCGAACGUGUGCAUCGGUGGACAGCAACCCGGACCGAGCAGUUCGUCCAACUACCUUGCCCUGGCACAACCUCAAACGCAAUCACAGCCACUGUACUCCAACGUGAUCAUCGGUACGAACGAAGCGAACGGUAUGACGUACGGUGAGGUCGUGCUGCACAGUACUCGGCAUGUAGGACAGGGUGGAAACCAGCGUGCCAUUGCACAAGCUAGUGCCGCUGCCGGUGGUCCCGGUCCCGGAAGUGAGAGUAGUGAAGAAGAGCUAAUGUUGCCUCCCGGCUGGUCCGUGGAUUAUACGUUGCGGGGCAGAAAGUACUACAUUGAUCACAACACCAAAACCACGCACUGGGCCCAUCCACUCGAUCGCAAAGCCCUACCGACCGGUUGGCAACGGAUCGAAGCAGCUCAGUAUGGAACGUAUUUCAACUACAUUACUGGACAGGCGGAACAAACGUUACCAUAUCUGGCCUCGUGCUAUCUGACGCACGCUGCCCCGGUUGAGAUUCCGCGCCCAUUAGUGCCUCACUUUUCGCGCCACAGUGCGCUAGUACCGGCCAAUCCGUACAACACGGAGAAGGUGCCGGAGUGGCUGUUUCUCUACGCAAAGUCUUCCUCCGAAAAGGAUCACAUCAUCAAGUGGGACAUGUUUCAGUUGCAGCAGCUAGAAGAUUUCCUCGGUAUGAUGAAGAAGUUGUACCGCCAGGAGUGUAAUAUUAUCGUGGCCAAGUACGAAGUGAUCCGGAUACAAAUACACUCCCGUAUGCAGGACAUUCGUCGCAUGUGAGAAAGGCCGGUAGAUGCGGUGCGCUGGAAUGGACGCAAAUAUGUGAUAUCUGACAGUUCCUUGUUCAACAUUUCACAUCAGAGAUUGUGAUACGACCGAUCUGCCUUUGGAGAUGGUUUUCCUAACAACAAUCUACGCCUUCGCAAGACUUCAUCAGUACUAUCAUCACACACGGACUCCGGGACGACGGGUCAGGGGGUUGGGGUACAACGAAACGCAAAUCACACGAUUCAUGGAUAUACGAUCAUUUUAUCUACACUAAUAAAGCAAAUUAACAUACGA